UUGUCUAGACAAUCAGUCUCUAAUUUGUAAUGGAAUAAUCACAUGCAUAUAAAUACAAACGCAGUGGGAGAGAGAGAUUUGGAAUUCAACUGAGACACCCAAAAUAUGACAUGCAUCCAUACCACCUCUUCAUGCACCCUCCACUCUUCUUUAAACAAGAACACCACAAGAAAACAAAACAAAAAACACAAACAAAACCCAAAACCAGAAUCCCAAUUUCCCAAAUCAUCCUCAACGCCACUCUUAACCACCCAAAAUAUCCGGUCACAUACAAAACUUGAAGCCCUUGAAAUCGUCAUUAACAAAAUAGAAGCCUCUGUCAAAAAUGGCGUCGAAAUCAAUGAUCCCCAUAUCUUUGCUUCCCUUCUAGAAACCUGCUUUCAUUUAAAAGCCAUUGAUCAUGGCAGUAAGAUUCAUAAACUCAUUCCAGAAAGACUUUUGCGUAAAAAUGUGGGCAUUUCAUCCAAGCUUCUAAGGUUGUACUCUUGUAAUGGGGACGUUGAGAAGGCCCACAAGGUGUUCGAUCAAAUGCCCAAGAGAAAUGAGUCGGCUUUUCCAUGGAAUUCACUUAUAUCGGGUUAUGCUGAGGUCGGUUUGUACGAAGAUGCAUUGGCAUUGUAUUUUCAGAUGGUGGAAGAGGGAGUGGAGCCUGAUGCAUACACGUUUCCACGGGCUCUGAAGGCUUGCGGAGGUGUUGGAAUGAUCCAAGCUGGGGAGGAAGUUCAUCGUGAUGUGAUUCGCUCUGGAUGUGGGAACAAUAAGUUUGUGCAAAAUGCACUACUGGAUAUGUAUGCCAAGUGCGGUGACAUUAGCAAGGCUCGAAAAGUUUUUGAUACAAUUGUGGACAGGGACGUGGUUUCAUGGAAUUCCAUGAUUAUUGGGUACAUGAGGCAUAAUCUUAUGGUUGAGGCAUUGGAUUUACUACAUGGGAUGACGCAUGAGGGAUGUGAACCUGAUUCAAUUACCAUAUCAGCAUUUCUCACUAGCGCGUUACCCUAUAAAAUUGGAAUUCAAAUUCAUGGAUUAGCUUUUCGUAGAGGAAUUGAGUGGAAUAUAUCUGUUUCUAACUCACUGAUUGUUUUCUACUCGAAGCAUAAUAAACUGGAGGUAGUAAGAAGGUUGUUUCGGUGCAUGCCACAAAGGGAUACUGUGUCAUGGAAUUCAAUAAUUUCAGCGCAUUCUAAGGAGCCUGUUGCCCUAGAAUACUUCCAACAGAUGUUGAAAUGUCGCACUUUGCCUAACAGUAUUACAUUGGUCUCAUUGUUAUCCGCUUGUGCUCAUUUGGGCAUGGUAAAGGAUGGCGAGAGAUUGUUUUCAAUGAUGAGGGAGAGGUAUGGAAUUAGUCCAAUUAUGGAACACUAUGCUUGUAUGGUUAAUCUUUAUGGAAGGGCAGGAUUGCUUGAUGAAGCUUUUGACAUUAUAGUGAACAAAAUGGAGUUUGAAGCUGGUCCUACUGUUUGGGGAGCGUUGCUCUAUGGUUGCUACCUUCACAAUAAUGUGGAUAUUGGAGAGACUGCUGCCACAAGACUCUUCGAGUUGGAACCGGAUAACGAGCACAACUUUGAGCUUUUAAUCAGGAUUUAUCGUAAUGCAGGCCGUUCCAAGGAUGUAGAAAGAAUAAGAUUGAUGAUGUUUGAAAGAGGGCUUGACCUGUAGAUGCAAAAAUGUUAUAGCAAUGGCUAAUGGUUUGUUUUGAAUUGCUAUGGAGAUGAAGGUACACGUGUUAGUACUGGCAGAACCGAUCCAUGUAUGAUGUAUCUCUUUGCAAAUGUUAAUUAAUAAACUGUGAGCAUAGCAUUUUAAAAUUA